UUACGAGGUCAAACUGCGCACGCGCACGAACCUGAACUAGUAAACGGCCCGAAACGUGUGGCAGCUUUCACUGACUGGCCCUCCCACUCCCGUAAGAAGACAUCACACGUGCACCGGCUUUAAAGAAGGAGAAAUGAACGAGUGGUGCAAGAAGACGCCGCUGGAGUGGCAGGAGCUCCUCCAUAAAGAGCUGAAGGUCUGUGCGCACGAGAAGCAGCAGCACCAGGGCUGGCUGUUCACGGUGGACCCCGUCUCUGCCAACAUCGUUUUGGUCUCCUUCGAGCCCGACGGAAAAGCAUCCAUUGUGACGGUGAUGGGCCAUGCAGUCGAGACCGUGGAGGUCCUGAACGAAGGAAGCAGCGCCAUUUCAAAUCGGCUGGUCUCCUUGUUCAUGCCAGCUGCCCCACAAAAACACAGUAAAGAGGAGCUGGAAAGCAAGAAGAGGAGCCUGAAGGAGUGGCUGGAGAAGAACCGCAUUCCAGUAAGCGAGCAGGGCAACAGCCCAGAGACGCUUUGUGUGGCCGGGGCUCUAAAAAUAGAGGCGCCGUACCGGGCGGAAGACUGCAGCGGCGCGAAUGAAAUCAUUUUAUCGAGGGUACAAAACCUCAUCAACAACAAUCCCACUGCUCACCCAAAUUAGGAAGGCGAGUCCACGCACAGGUAUUCGUGCAAAGGUGGGCCGCCUUUAAAAUUAGUGACGGAGCUUUGUGGUUUUGUUUUUGUCAGAAUCAGCCCCAUUUAAACCUCGGCCAUUUUGGGGGAAAAAAUGUUCUGUAUGUGCACAGUAAACGUUACACUUUUGAAAGCGCAGCUUGUUGUGUUAUUACAGAAGGUACAUUCUGCAGAUUUGUGACAUACGACACCUCCUGUGUAUGUUGUACAUAAUAAACUGUUUUGAUGUAUGGCUUUA